AUGGAUCCCUUCACUUUUGCCAGCUAUAUUGAACUGCUUGCGUCCAAACCUUGUGAUUUCGAGGAUGUUCUGCCAUUGUUUAUUGGGACACUCCUGCCUGACCUUCGACUCCCUUUGACAACAUUUCUCGAUUUUCACCUUCCACCAUUGCCACCUGAGAAUGUCCUGAUUCACAUUGCAUACAACCCCUAUCCCCCCACUGUCACUCCACUUAGUCUUGAUGCCAUCAAGUCUCUACCAUGGCCUCCACUGCACUCUGCCAGGCAGUUUCUCACUCUGAGCCCUCCAUCUGGUAGCCAGUCUGUGUCUAUUGGCAAUGCCAUGUAUCCACUGGAGGUAGCUUCGAUCUUGAAAUAUGUACUAUUGGUGCGGGAUCUCCAGGAUGUGUGGCAUACCGCCAUUGAGUGGCUAACUGAUGGUCUGCAUCGAGAGGCUUUACUGCAUGACUUGGAGGAAAUUUUUUACUUGUUGCUUGGGAUGACGAUAUGGUCUGAGCAUGUGUGUUAG